CUACUUCGGUCAUUUCCUGUAGUUACUGCAGAAGGCAGGACUCAUCCAGUGACAACAUACUUUCUUGAGGAUGUAUAUGAUCAGAUUAAAUAUCGUCUUGCUUCAGAUUCACCGGCUUCUUUAACAAAUGAAACAUUUCCCAAAGGACAGAGAGCUCCCGUGACAAACAGCAGGGGGAAGAAGAAUCUAGUCUUAUCUGCAUGGGGCGAUGAAUCUGUGCUUUCUGAAGAGCAUGUUAAUCCAUAUUUUGUUCCUAGUUAUUAUCAGUCAUACAGUGAACAAGCCCAAAAAAAUCUGAAAAGAGUCAACGAGGAUGUCAUUGAUUACGAUCUUAUUGAAGAUCUAAUAUGUUACAUUGAUGAAAGUUGUGGUGAGGGUGCUAUCCUUGUCUUCUUACCGGGAGUGUUUGAGAUAAACCACUUACAUGAUAAGUUAACAGCGUCGUACCAGUUUGGUGGGCCAUCUUCUGAUUGGGUUAUUCCUUUGCAUUCGUCAGUUGCAUCAACGGAACAGAAAAAGGUGUUUUUACGCCCUCCAGGAAAUAUACGAAAGGUCGUUAUAGCAACAAAUAUAGCAGAGACCAGCAUAACAAUAGAUGAUGUGAUAUAUGUAAUUGACUGUGGAAAACAUAAGGAGAAUCGAUACAAUCCACAGAAGAAAUUGUCUAGCAUGGUUGAAGAUUGGAUUUCUCAAGCAAAUGCAAGGCAGCGUCAGGGUAGAGCUGGACGUGUAAAACCUGGAAUUUGCUUUCGCUUGUACACUCGUUAUAGAUUUGAAAAGCUCAUGCGUCCUUAUCAGGUGCCGGAGAUGCUUCGGAUGCCAUUAGUUGAAUUGUGUCUGCAGAUUAAAUUACUAUCUCUUGGGUAUAUCAAGCCGUUUUUGUCUACUGCUUUAGAACCUCCGAAAAUCGAAGCAAUUGAUUCAGCAAUGUCUUUAUUGUACGAGGUCGGUGCUCUUGAAGGGGAUGAAGAGUUGACACCUCUUGGGCAUCAUCUGGCAAAACUACCUGUUGAUGUAUUAAUUGGGAAGAUGAUGUUGUAUGGUGCAAUUUUCGGUUGCUUGUCACCGAUUCUUUCAGUUUCUGCAUUUUUAAGUUACAAGUCUCCAUUUGUGUAUCCCAAGGAUGAGAGGCAGAAUGUUGAAAGAGCAAAACUAACAUUGUUGAAUGAUAAGCAAGAUGGGCCUGGUGAGGGAAAUGAUAUUGAUAGACAAUCUGAUCAUUUACUUAUGAUUAUAGCUUACAAAAAAUGGGAGACUAUUUUGAACGAGAAAGGACCAAAAGCUGCACAGCAAUUCUGCAAUUCAUAUUUUCUGAGCAGCUCUGUAAUGUUUAUGAUAAGGGAGAUGAGGAUACAGUUUGGAACAUUGCUAGCAGAUAUUGGUCUCAUCAUUCUUCCAAAAUUAAAUCAGAUGGAUGGAAGAAAGAUAGGAAGUCUUGACAGGUGGCUUUCUGAUUCAUCACAACCAUUUAAUAUGUAUGCACAUCACCCGUCAAUUCUAAAGGCUAUACUAUGUGCAGGUUUAUACCCCAAUGUAGCAGCUGGUGAACAAGGUAUUGUUUCAGCAGCUCUCACCAGCCUUAAGCAGUCUCCUAGCACUGCGAAUUCUAGUCAUAGAGUCUGGUUUGAUGGAAGAAGAGAAGUUCAUGUCCACCCGUCUUCUAUCAACAGUAGCACAAAAGCAUUCAAGUACCCCUUUCUUGUCUUCCUUGAAAAGGUUGAAACGAACAAAAUAUUUUUACGAGAUACUUCAGUCAUUUCUCCAUACUCAAUUUUGCUCUUUGGAGGGUCAAUCAAUGUUCAGCAUCAGACUGGACUAGUCAUCAUCGAUGGAUGGUUAAAAUUGAAUGCACCUGCCCAAAUAGCUGUCUUGUUCAAGGAGCUACGGUUGACUCUACAUUCCAUUUUGAAGGAACUUAUUAGAAAACCAGAGAAUGUGAUCGUUCUAAAUGAUGAGAUCAUUAAGUCUAUCAUCAAUCUUCUUUUAGAAGAAGGCAGUGUGCCUAAAUGAUUGAGUGUCAGAGUUACAUGGAAGAAAGCUGUAUCUGCUAUGCACUUCAGAGAUUUGGUCAUUCUUAGGAGUAAAGGGAGCUGAGCCUUCUCAUCCCUGAAAACAAACAAGAGCCCUUUUUUGGACCAUUGAGUAUGAACUGGACCUCAAUAAUAAUCAUGUUGCACUAGGUAAACAUGGUAAAGGGAUAGCAUAUUAAUUUUCUAGGUAGGCAGAGUAGAGAGUUUAUUCAAGCAUAGACAAAGUGUAGCAUAUUAAUCAUGUUGCACUAGGUAAACAUGGUAAAGGGAUAGCAUAUUAACCUUGAUGCCAAACCUAUAAUUUGUGUAUGGUGUUUUGUUCAUGAAAAUAUCUUUGUACUCGUAAAUAUCUUAUUUGGUAAGAUGUGGUUGGAUGCAGGUGUAAACAACUUUAUACUAAUGGUGCAUACCAAUUAAAUUCAUAAUAUCAUACAGUAUAAAAAA